AUGUCUUCCGGCAAGACCGUCACUCUUAACACUGGUGCUAAGAUUCCACAAUUGGGCUAUGGCACCUGGCAAGCCGGUCCUGGUGAGGUUGGAAAUGGUGUCUACGAGGCCUUGAAGGUUGGCUACCGCCACCUGGAUCUCGCAAAGAUGUACGUUGCCCAGCCCUACGAGAACCAGAAAGAAGUUGCUCAAGGUAUCAAGCGCGCCUUCAAGGAGUUUGGCAUUAAGCGAGAGGACGUCUUCAUCACCUCAAAGCUCUGGAACACCCAGCACGAUCCCAAGACCGUCGAGGCUGCCCUCGAUGACACCCUUGCCGAGCUCGAGCUUGAGUACCUGGAUCUUUACCUCAUCCACUGGCCCGUGAACUUCGGCCCGGGCAAAGAUCCCCACUCCGACCUCUUCCCUGCGACUUCCGAUCCCAACGAGGUCAACAUCGACAACUCGAUCCCUAAUAGCGAGACAUGGAAGGCCGUACACGCGCUGCCCAAGAGCAAGGCCCGUUCCACGGGCGUGUCCAAUUUCACCGCCAAGUCGCUGAAGGAGCUCGUUGACAAGACCGGUCUCGUUCCUGCUGUCAACCAGAUUGAGCGCCACCCCAUUCUCCCCAGCGACGAGCUCAUCGCCUACGCUAAGGAGAAGAACAUCCACAUCACCGCCUACUCCGCCUUUGGAAACAAUUUCUUCGACAUUCCUCUGCUAAUUACUCGACCUGAGAUCAAGGCCAUCGCAGAGAAGAAGGGUGCUACUCCUGCCCAGGUCAUCCUGGCGUGGAGCCAGGUCGGUGGACACUCCGUCAUCCCCAAGUCGGUGACGGCUUCCCGUAUUGCGGAGAACUUCAAGGAGAUUGAACUCGAUGACGAGGACAUCAAGGCCAUCAAGAAGUUCUCGGACGAGCACCAGGGCAGGAGGAGGUACAACGUUCCCUACACGGCGAACAAGCCUCGCUGGAGCAUCAACAUCUUUGACGAGCCUGAGGAGCAGGAAGCUCCCAACAAGUACAUCAUCUAA